CAGGCCACGUCCAGCUGCCAGCAGGGACUGGUAACGUCCCCACCGUCCAGGCGUGUUGCCACCCCCUUCCCCGUUCCCGGGGGCCAAUGCCGAGCUGUCUGCAGCGGGAGGGCUGCAAAUAUUUGUUGUGUCAUUAAUUUUCUGCGAGCAGAGUCAGCACAGCACCUGCCAGCAUUUGCUCUCUGCCUCCUGCUAGCUCCUGUCAACGUUUCUAACGCCUGGGUGCUGGUACCGUGACAUCUGUGGAAACAGCAUCCGCAUCCCAUCCCUCUUUCUUAGUGGUGGGCAGGGAUUUCAGCUCCCUCCUCUGCUUUUCCAAUGAGCCCCAGUGCCUCUGCCAGGGUGCACAACAGGGUGGCAGGGGGCUGAGCAGCCGAUGCCUGAAGCCAGCUGAGUGUGUCUCUGCUGGAAGCCCUGUGGGCUGUGAAUUUGAAAACGUUGACAACACUGAUAAAACCAACCGACGCCUCUGAAAAGGAGGGACCGGCAGCUCGGGUUGUGCUUGCACCACUUGUGACCCACGGCGACGUGACAUGCAGCCAUGUGAGCACAACUACAUCCUUGCAGUGAACAAGCACUGCAGAGAGCUACAUGGUCACCAGGAAUUGGUCACCUCACGCCAAACAGGAAGAUGUAAAGCUCCCUCCGACUGGGACCCCAAGCUGCAGCUUACCCCGCAGCAGAGCAGCUAUGCCGUGAACGACUCGGUGCAGCUGAGCUGUGCUGGCGACUAUGUGCCAUCGGUCCCCCAGAUCAGAUGCAUUUCCAGCGGGACCCAGACGUUGUGGGACGGGACUGCCACCUGCAAGGAAAUAUGCCAAAGGCCUAUUUGGUGGGACCCAAGACUCCAGAUGGCACCCGUCCGUGGGAAUUACAAAAGGAAUGAAGAAGUGACUCUGAGCUGCAACAGUGGUUUCCAGCCAUCCUUCACCCAUGUCAAAUGUGCAGGGGGAGCUCAGUCAUUGAAUUAUUCUGGAUCUCUAAAUGGAGAUGUGUGGCUGGGGAGGAAAAACAGUGAUGCCUGGAUCCACAUUGAGGGGAACAUAGUGUGCAUCGAAACGUGCCAAAGUCUUCACUGGGGCCGAGGACUUCAGCUGGCACCAGACCAGAAGAAUUACAAGAAGAACGAGGAAGUGACGCUGAGUUGUCCUGAGGGUUUCCAGCCGUCCUUCACCCAUGUCAAAUGUACAGGAAAAGUCCUGUCCAUCAGCAACGGGAAACCUGUAUACAGAGAAGCUUGGAAUGGAAGGGACAGCAGAGGCAGAUGGAUCAACAUUCAGCCCACGUUCAGAGUGGAGUGCAUCGAGAAAUGCCAGAAGCCCCAGUGGGACUCCAGGUUUAUUUUUGACCAAGAAUGGGGGACCUUCAACCCAAAUGAAGUGGUGAAGAUGAGAUGCCCUGAGGGGCACUGGCCUCCCCCCAUGGAGAUCAAAUGUGUGAGGCUCAACCCAAGGGACAGCUCCACGAUUCCUCGGAGCGGCUGGUUUGUUAGGAACGGCACAGCCCGCUGGCACCGUUUGGAGGGGAACUUGACCUGUGUGGAUAUCCUCCAGGUUGUUCCUGGGACCUUGGAGAUCUCCAGCACCAGCAUCAAACUGAACUGGACCUGCAGGCUCCCUGACGCCUGCCAGCACGUUUGGGCCAGGUGCCGGCUGGAAGAACAUUCCUCCCCUCCCUGUGAGGCUGAGGAGGUGAAGGGAGAGGAGAUGCUACGUGGCCAGGAGGGAACAUUCACCUGCCCCUCUCUGCAGCCUUUCACUGUCUACAGUGUCACCGUCUCACUGCCCCCCAGCACAAUCCUGUACACACGGCUCCUCAGGACAAAGGAAACGGUGCCGGACAAACCGGAGAGGCUGUGGCUGGAUUCCACCACGGGGUCCCUCAGGUGGAAGGCUCUGCCCCCCUGCAAAGGAGAAAUCAUCGGAUACCAGCUGAACAUCACAGCCUGGAGAGCGCAUGAUGACAGCUUCCUUGAAUUCAAGCAGGUGUUGGUGAACCAGUCUGUCACUCAGUACACGCUUCUUCAUCAGACACCUGGAAGCAAAUACACGGUGACAGUGCAGGGCCUCACGGUGGCUGGUGCUGGGGCUGCGUCACUGCUGGAAUUUCAAACCUACAUCUCUGGAGAAGAAAAGCCUUGCCCCGCAAAGCUGAGGAGGAUCACUACACAGAUCUCCAGCCCUAUGAGAACCUGGAUAAUUACUGCGUGAUCAAGGAGACUCUUCUGGCAGAAGAAGAGGCAGGUAAAGGUGGCCAGGCUGGAGAGCGGUUGCCCAAGCCCCUGCCUGUUCCUGCGGUCCUAAGGAGACAGUCGGCGCAGUGAGGGAGAGGAGAAGAUGGGGUGGACGUCUGAGGCUCAGUGCUGAUGACACUUCCCAUAGUCCCUUCUCAAGGCUCGGUCCUCCAACAUUGGAAGCAGGACCUUGCAUAGCUUGUGCUGGCUUAUUGUUCCCCCUCAAACUUGCUCCCUCAUCAAGCUCCAGAAUCCUACGACACAGAGCAGGUGCAGCCCAAGGCCUGGAAUGACCUGUUUGUACCAUGAAGAAAGUGUUCUGGUAGUCCUCCAGUGCUCUGGGAAAGCCAUUUCACCUGCAUCCUGGUGCCUGCAACUGUCCUCUGAGACUGAAACAGCUCUCUGGGUCUCAAUCUAUCUUUCCCAGCUCCGUAUCUCCAUAUCCAUCUAGACCCCAGCCUCUGCUUAAGUUUGGCCCAAUCGCACUGCACUUGCAGCUGUGCUGCUGUGUCUGGACAACCAAUAAAUUUUUCUUUUGCAGGGCAUGCCUGCCACAUGACGUCUCCCACCUUGUUGUG